AUGGAAACCUUGGGUGCUUCCAUCGUUGAAGUUAGUAGGUGUGUAGGCAACUCAGUGUGGUCACUGUUUUCCAUCCCGAAAAUUUUCCAGAAAAACAUCCAAACUUUGAAGGAGGAGCUGCAGAAGCUCUCUCGCAGAAAGUAUGAUAUAACAGAAGAGAUCGAUGUAUCAAGAUUAGAAGGGAAGCACCCCCCUUGCCAAGUUAUAGAGUGGCUUGAAAGGGUUGAGAAGAUCGAACGUGAGGUGGAGGGGAUUGAACAUGAAGGUCGGCUACUUUUGGAGGCAGAUCCCAUUGAUUCUCCCUUCGGCCCGGGUUGUAUGCUUGACUCUAAUAUGCGGCGCAAGUACCAACUUAGCAAAACUGCAGCAAAGAAGCGUCAUGAGGUGAAAAAAGUUACCGAGGAGUUAUGCAGUCUUCCAAUACCUAUGGAAUAUAGGAAGCCAACUGAUAUAGUGGUUGAGCAUAUCCCGGCGCCUUCUCUUAUUGGUCCAAGCAGCUGCUAUUCAGUCUGUCUACCGACUCAGCAUGAUGAGAGAAGAAUCAUCCUUCGAGGGGUUGACCUCUCGCAUCGAGACCUCGAGGGGCUAUUGAGCACAGCAAGUGCCCUGGACCUGUUCACAUGCGGAGGUAUAAGUAGUUUAUCUGAUAUAAUUACUAACAAGAGUUUGUGUGGCCUGCCAAACUUGAAGUCGCUCACCAUAUCAAAUUGCGACUGCAUAACUACAUUGUUAGUCAGCGAAACAACUCUUCGGAGCACAUUGCCAAAUUUGGAGCACUUAACUCUGAGUCACCUGGAUAACUUAGCAACCUUGUUGGACACAAUAGUCCCCAGAGGAUGCCUUAAAAUUUUAAAGACCAUCCAGGUGGUGGGAUGUCGACUUCUAAAGAAUCUCAUAUCUUUUGCUAUACUUCGACUGGUUCCAAACCUCGAAGAAAUCAAGGUGAGUGACUGCAGGAGGAUGAAGCAGGUUAUCACGAAAACUUUCCCUGAAAUGCUUCCAAAGUUGAAAACCAUAGAAGUCAGGGAUAUGGAAAACUUAAGGACUAUCUGUUCAAGGGAAGCAGAACUGUCAGCUCUAGAGAGGAUAGUGGUGAGCAACUGCCCCAGGUUGGUGAAGCUUCCCUUCGCAGCCCGUCAUGCAGUGACUAUUAAAGAGAUUAGAGGAGAUUUAAACUGGUGGAGAACUGUUAAAUGGAAUGAUCGUGCAGAUAAAAUCAGUCUUCAGCAACGAUUCCAAGCGUGGGCAGACACCGGGCUGCAGCCGAUGGAGGAUUAA